GCAGAAGAGCGGCCACACAGGCGAAGAGCUAGCAAGGAAACGAGCGGCUAAUCAAAAGUAAACGACGGGCUGAAAAGAGGAAUUAGGAACCAGCCGGGGCGGAUGGAACCACCAGGUCCGUGAGAGGAAACACCCACCGUCAUGAAGCGAAACUCGUUAAUUUCCAACCUGCAGAAAAAGUUUGCACAGAGGAGCUGGAAUGACACACUUCUGCUUGUUCAAAGAUGCAUGGACAAAUCCAGAGAUGAAUCGAAGCCUUGUGAACCACUGAUUAGGUCCCUGGAACGGCUCCAGGAUGUGCUUCAUGCUCCUAACACAAGUGUGACGAGGUCCCGUUUGGAAGUAAUAGCCAAACAACAAGGGAUGGGGUUUCACUUCACAGAAGACACGUGUUACCUGACAGCUGACUUGUUCUACCUGGAGGUGUUGCUGCUGCCGUGUGGUGGCGUGCAGAAGGUGAAGGUGGCCCUACAUGGAGAAGGUCCUGUUCCCAGUGAGUCUUUUCUGAAGACACUGAGAUCCAAAGAUUUUGAAGCUUUCUCCGUGAUGCUAAAAGAUCUUUUCACUCAGUACAACAUCCCUGGAGACAGUGAAAUGAAAUUGAAACUGUUGGAGUCUCUACGGUUUCUUGUGAGAGAUUUGCAGAAACUGUCGGGGGAACCAGAAAACUGUGAUUCCCAGCAGCAGCUGUUAAACAAUAGCAGGAUUGGUCAUCUUAUUGCAGUAAAAGAAGACAGUCCACUGAUGAUUCUGUUCUACGAGAGUCCAAAUGAUGGAACCACAGCUCCAUCAGUGAUCCAGGCGGCCCAAGUCACCGUCGAUGCCAGCUCGGUGCCCCACCGCCUCCAGAUGGCCUCCGUCCUUCCAGAGCCUCUUCAGCUGGACUCACAGGGCUGUCCGGUUUUUGCCCCGCUGAGCGAGGUGCCGAACGAGACGCUGCCUGCCUGUUUCCUGCUCAGGUUGAAGCCCCCGGUCCCCAUGUUGACCUCGUUUGUGGAGGAGCUCAGCCUCAUUACAGACGUUGCAGUAGCGCAGACUGACCUGCAGUGGGCGCCCUUACACAGGCUGCUGGUGGCUGGGUCACACAGAUCUUCAGAUCUCCUAACUGAGAAGCUCCUUCCUGAUGGCGAGAUGCACCGUUACGUUUUCCCUGGAGCGACAUGGGACGUCCCGGGACAGAAAGCGGCCCUGGUGGAGGCCGUUCCCUUCACCCACCCGGCUCAGGUCCCGGCUCUGCUGCAGCUGCUGCGCCACCAGUGCGCCGUUAACACCCUGCUGCGGAGCUGCUCGAGCCCUGAAAGCGCCGCCGGCCCAGGUGGGGCGUCGGUUUGCAUUACAGGGAUUUGGGAGAUGUCCUCUGAUGUGACAGGAAUCCCAUCAGAAUCCCAACUUCUUGAAGUCCGUCCGGAGUCGGCCACCAGCUUUUCUGUGACCUUCACCCAUCCGAGCGUCGACUCCCUCUGUGUUUUGCUGGUGAACGUCUGUAGUCCCCAGCAGAUUACCUGCAGAAUAUUUGGAGUGGAAACACCUGAUGCCUCUGUGGAAGAUCACAUGAAGAAUUUUUUGUCCAUCCCUGGGACCAUGAAGAUGCUGCUCAGCAGGUUACAGAGCGCCUCUCCUCCAACCUCCGCAGACGCAGACAAAGAUCCGUCUGCUUUGGUGGAAAUAGCAGCCGAGGAUCCGGCCACGGUUUCCCAGAAUGCUCCUCUGCAGGAGGACAGCGUUUCCCAAACUGAAAUAAACCCCUCUGUGAACUCUUACCUCUGCUCUGCUGUUGGUCUGUGUGCUCAGCAGGCGGAGUUAUAGUCCGAACCUUUUGGCGACAUAAAAGUCUACACUUCUUACCUUUUUUUUCCCCUCUUUAAAAAUAAAGUUUUGUUCAAAAAUUGUUGUGCGAUUUGCUGUGCAGACAGAGUGGAACGGAAACCUCUGCAGGAAGAAAUCUCUUGAUUGCCGCCUUGCUUUCUCUGGACGGCAGCCAAGACACCUACCAAACCCAAAUGUGGCCGACUCUACGCUACUUUAAAUAUUUGAAAACCUGAGUCUCUCUCUCCCAACCAGAAGCACAAAGCUUUUCAGGUAAUGUGUGCGGGACAUUUUUCAGCGGAGUGCUUACGGGGGAUUGAAUGGAUCCAGAAUCCUCGCUCGACUGUCAACGGCAGACAACUGGCUUUGUCUGCAGACUUCCACAUAUCCAAUGACCUGCAGGCCUGCUAUUCUUAGAAGCAUUCCAGCAUGUGUGGUUAAACGGCUCUCUUCUUUCAGAGCGCCGUAUCCUUGAAUAUUUGAGAUUAGGUUUCCUCCCUCCUGAUUGGAUGAGAGACGGUCUAUAAAAGUGACACCUGGCGAAGUGAGAUUUAAAUGUUAGGUGUAUUUAAAGAUGUCUGGACUGUUGACCUACUCAUACUUCAGACCUUUUUUUUAUUUAUUUAUUAUACUCCUCUUUACAUGUAUUGAUGCUGAAGUUCUGUGUUUUUUGUAAACAUCCAGCAGUGUUAAAUAUAUUUAAUUGCUUUACAUUGUUUUGUUUUGUCUUCUAUGGAGCCUUGGAAGUGACAUAAAAAAAUGUUACCCCAAAAUGAGUAAUUUGUUGUCAUGAAAUAGCCUUUUGUGAGCAUAAAUUAGCAUCUUGUGUCUAAAAUUGUGUAUUUUGUGGCAACAAAUUGAUAUUUUAAAGAAAAAAUUAAUAGCAAGACUUCAUGAUACAAACCUUUUUGCCAACAAAAUGCUAAUUUAUGCAGAUAAAUUCCUAUAAAAAUGCCAAAUUAUGGCCACAGUUUAGCUUUUUGUCUCCACACUUUGGUAUUUUGUGCCAACAAAUUAGUAAUUUGAGGUCAAAAUUAAUGAUAAGAAUCAAUUAUACUGACAUUUUUGCCCUCAAAAUGCCAAUUUGUGCACAUGAAAGUCUAAUAUAAUGCCAAAUUGUAGUCACAGUUGAGCAUUUUCGACCCACGAUUUUAUAAUUUCUGGCAAUAAAUUAGUAUUUUGAGGCCAAAAUUAGUGGUUGGAGUUGAUUUUGCUAAAAGUUGUUCCCACAAAAUUCUAAAUUGUGGCCACAAAUUAUUAAUUUGAUGGAACAAUUUAUUUUAUGUUUUAUGUAACGUCCAGGGCUCCAUAGUUCUCCGUAAGAUGCUUUAAAAAUGUUCAAUUUUACACUUCAAACACAGGAAUUUAAGGUUUUAAUUCAAAAAUAAGAAAAAUAUUUAACAUUUCAGGAUUACUUUGGGUAAUGUUUUCUUUAGACUGACCUGGGUUGUAAAAGUUUUGAAUUAUUUGAAAUUUAAAAAAUUGUUUUAGCUGGUUUUAUUUGUCCAUUUUGUCCUUUUUUUUAAUGUGUUCCCUUCAUAAAGAAUACCACAACACAUUAACAAA